CCUAUAUUAAAGAACAAUUAAUAGAAAGAAAAAAAAAUUAAGAUUUCAUCACCUACCACUUGAUAACUCCAUUUCUUCUUCCUUCUCUUAAGUUUUCUCUUCCACCAGAUUUCACUGCCUAAGUUUUUAAGUUUUCUCUUUUUCUUUUAUUUGAUUUUGAAAUUUUUCGUGAUUUCUUGUUCUUUUCACAAAAAAGUUCAUCAUUCGUCAAAAAACAAAACACUCUGUUUCCUCAGUUCCAUCUAAAACAUCUUUGAAGUGUUUCUCUUGUCAACCUUCAUUCAUAGAGGUAAUAAUCAUUAAAUUGUCGUCUACUUGUUCUCUGUAUUUCUAUCAUCAUUGAUUUGUCCUAUGCAUCUUCCAAAUAGAUAAUGAAGAUGUUAAUGAUUGCUGCAUUUUGUUAUCUUCUUGCUUUCUUGGGUUUUUAGCUACUUAGUGGUCCUUUUUCUAUAAUUCGGGACCACUAUAUCAACUUGGAGUCUCUCUCCCACAGCAUUUUUCAUGUAGCUAGUUCUUUCAACAUUUACUUCUCUAUUCUUUCUCUUUUCUGAUUGAAUCAACUUUAAUCUCUUAGUUUGAUGAUUUUGAGUCUAGCAGAUUAGGAAGGAGAACAAUGGCUGGACUUAAGAUCUGGCAAGCCAUCUUUAUCACCAUUGCACUGAUCAUCAUUGUCGUACUCUCUGUUCUUUCAUUUUGUCUCAUUUGGAAAAAGAAAUCAAGAAGAUCCAAAACCUUAAGUCUUCCCAUCAUACAAACCCCUGUGGUGUCAAAGGAGAUCAAGGAAGUCAGGAUCGAGCAUGUUGUCUCAACGAGUAGUAACUUCGAUCCUCAGGAUGAAAACAACAAUGAAUCUGACAAAUUCUUGCUUAAUUUGGAAAUGGAGAAGAACAGAGAGAAUGGUUUGAGUAGUAGCCGGUCUGGUUCAGGCAAAGAAGGUUAUUUAUGUGUUGCAAACCGGUCUACUUCAUCAUUGUAUGAGAUGGCUACACCAUCACCAUCACCUCUUUCUGGUUUACCUGAGUCACACCUUGGAUGGGGUCAUUGGUUUACUCUGAGAGAUCUUGAGAUAGCAACAAACAGAUUCUCAAAGGAAAAUGUGAUUGGUGAAGGAGGCUAUGGAGUUGUUUACCGAGGCGAGUUGGUCAAUGGGAGUCUUGUUGCCGUGAAAAAGAUCCUAAACCACUUGGGACAAGCAGAGAAAGAGUUUAGAGUAGAGGUAGAUGCUAUAGGUCAUGUGCGUCACAAGAACUUGGUACGUCUUCUAGGAUACUGCAUUGAAGGCACAAACAGGAUAUUGGUUUAUGAGUAUAUGAACAAUGGGAACCUUGAAGAAUGGCUUCACGGAGCAAUGAAACAUCAUGGAUAUCUAACUUGGGAAGCUCGAAUGAAAGUUCUCACUGGAACAUCCAAGGCUCUUGCAUAUCUACACGAGGCAAUCGAACCAAAAGUGGUGCAUAGAGACAUCAAGUCGAGCAACAUCUUGAUCGAUGAUAGAUUCAAUGCAAAGAUUUCUGAUUUUGGCCUUGCCAAGUUACUUGGAGAUGGGAAAAGCCAUGUGACUACUAGAGUCAUGGGAACAUUUGGGUAUGUUGCUCCUGAGUAUGCGAAUACCGGACUUUUGAAUGAAAAGAGUGAUGUGUACAGCUUUGGUGUCUUGGUCUUAGAAGCAAUAACCGGAAGAGAUCCUGUGGAUUACGCGCGGCCUGCUAAUGAGGUGAAUUUGGUUGAGUGGUUGAAGAUGAUGGUAGGAUCUAAGAGAUUAGAAGAAGUCAUUGAUCCAAACAUAGCAGUUAGGCCAGCGACUAGAGCACUGAAACGAGUACUUCUUACAGCACUUAGAUGCAUUGAUCCUGAUUCUGAAAAGAGACCUAAAAUGAGUCAAGUUGUGCGUAUGCUGGAGUCUGAGGAAUAUCCUGUACCAAGAGAGGAGCGGAGAGUGCGCAGAACGCAAGAGGAAAACUCGGAUACCGAUAGAAGCAGACCGGUUUCAAGAUCACAGAGCAAGAGACUGUAA